AUGGAGGCAGAGUUGCUGGAUUGGGAGCUUGUGCAUGGCUCCGACACCGAAUCAACUGAUUCAAUCGCCUCGGAGAAGAAAUCGGGGAGCUCAAGUGUAAUAAUCGAUGAUGGUGAGGUCAAGGUGAGUGAUGAUGAGAUCGAUGAUGAUUCUCAUAUUGAGGACACAACCGAGUGUUUGUCCGAAAAAGAUCAUCUCCAAGUUGCGGAUGCUGGAGAAGGUAUUGAGGAUUACCAACCGGUUUCUGGAGACUAUGAUGUUGAAGAGGAGAUUGGAUCUGAUAGUGAAGCAGUUGAGGAAAGUGGAGCUAAUGCUGUGGCUGUAGACUCUAGUAAAAGAAGAGAGACAGUUUGGUGGAAGAUGCCGUUUGUGCUUGUCAAGUACUGUGCUUUUAGGAUUGGUCCUGUCUGGUCUGUCUCUAUGGCUGCAGCCGUGAUGGGUUUUCUUCUCCUCGGACGCAGACUCUACAACAUUAAAAACAAACCUCAAAGGAUUCAUCUUAAAGUUGCUAUCGAGUAUAAGAAGGUGUCGCAGGUGAUGAGUCAGGCAGCCCGACUCAAUGAAUCCUUCACAGAGGUAAGAAGGGUCCCUCUGAUCCGCCCUGCUCUCCCAGCUCCUGGUGCAUGGCCAGUUUUGAGCCUUAGAUGA